CGGGCGGGCAUCCCCGGGCCGCAGGACCGGCGGGGAGGCCGGGGCGUGUCAGGAGAGGGGCGCCCGCACUAGGUUUGGAGUGCACGUUAGGGACGUGAGGGGGCGCUGCAGGCGUGGGCGGGGCGCGGACGCGAGAGACCCGGGUUUUGCGGGCUGCAGCGGGUGCACCCGGCGCAGACCAGAAAGGGGCGCUGGGCUCAGGGCAGGGUACGUGCAGUGGCGCAGAGCGCGGGAGAGGGCGCUCGGGGCUCAGUGUGCGGCGUUGUCAGAGGCGUGGCGUCGGGAAUGCGGCGCGGGCCCUGGAGGGAUGGCUUAGGGGCCGUGUCCUCAGGUGGCCUUUGUUCCUACGCUCCAGGAAGGCCCUGCUGCCUCUGGAACUAGGACUUGGGGCCUGUCAGGGACUAGGGAGGAGUGGAUUGGAAAAGGAAGGGAUCCAGCCCUAAGUGUUGAUGUACAGGUUUCUGUCCCAUUCCGGGGAGCGCACUUGAAGUCCUUUAGAUGCUGGGUGAAUGGAAAGAGGAAGGAUGCUUGUGGAAGAGGCAACUGCGCUUGCAGACUUGACUCGUUUGUGGAAUUGCCAAGAACUCUUCGCAGGGGUUGGGGGCAGGGGGGGCUCUGAGCAGAGGAGGGUCCCGAUCAGUUAGGAACGAACAGGAUCCCUUUGGCUGUUGCGUGGGAAAUAGACCAGGAAGGGGAAGCCAACAGGUCACUGAGUUAGUCCAAGCCAGCGGUACUGGCGCAGUGGAGGUGUUUGAAGCGGUCUGAGGGGUCUGGUCCUAGCAAGGCGAUUUGGGCUUAAAAAGCAGGACAGAGUGAGUCUAAGACCCCAGUAGAUGCUGAGGAUUAAGGAAGGCCUCACUCUGGGGCCGUGUGACCCUGCAUGGGCUAGACUGAUUUCAGGGUGCAUCCUGUGUCCCAAUUCUCCUUCCCCAGACCGGAAAUGUGUGGCCUGGGUAUGAGAUGAGCCAUGUAUUUUAUUUCUGUUUGAUAGAGGGAAAACUGAGGUUGAGUGAGCAUGGUGCCUGCUUGAUGGGUGAAGUAGCAGAGUUGCUCAGAUUCUCAGAGUCCAUUGGAGGGGUGGUAACCCCUAUUUCUGGUGCCUGAGGGUGGGCAGUGCUGGGCUUAUGAGGUCACACUUUGACAAGAAGCAUCCAGAUUGCUCAGCCAUGCUCCACUUACUCCCACCCAAUCACACACCCCUGUGGAGGCCACACAAGUCCCUUCUCUGUGUCCCACAGGCACCAUCCAUAUUCCAAGAAGCAUCAGGCUGCUGUGUUGUAGUGUGCCAGAAACUACGUGUUUUCCUCUUGUGGGGUACUUGCCAGGCUUUUGCCCAACAUACUCUGAACGUUUUGUGACUCUGCACACUCCUGAUCACCUAUAGUCCAGUAGGCAGGUUGAGCCACUCCACUCUGUGAAGACCUGUACACUGGUUACCAGUGAUGAGGCAGCAGAACCGGGUCUGCUCAGGGCCUUGGAUGCUCUAAGGUUGGGGAGUGUGGCAGGGGCAGAGUAAAAGAGGUCACGAGUGGAGGGAGUAUCAACUGUCCUGGUGGAGAGUGAGCCUAUUCUGGGUGCAGGUCUCUGCCCUAUUCUCCACAGGGCUGCCCCUCGAGUGGGAUGUGGGGAAGGUAGAUAGAUAUUGGAGUUGAGAAAAGGGUGGGUGAAUGGGUCAAGACAGGAGAUGCCAGCCCUGGACUCUCCCUUGAGUAAUGGCGGCGGCGGCGGCGGCGGAGGCGGUGCACCACAUCCACCUGCAGAACUUCUCCCGCUCGCUGCUCGAGACCCUCAACGGGCAGCGACUGGGCGGGCACUUCUGCGACGUGACAGUGCGCAUCCGCGAGGCUUCGCUGCGCGCGCACCGGUGCGUGUUGGCCGCCGGCUCACCCUUCUUCCAGGACAAGUUGCUGCUCGGUCACUCCGAGAUCCGCGUGCCACCUGUAGUGCCCGCACAGACAGUGCGUCAGCUCGUAGAAUUCCUCUACAGCGGCUCACUGGUGGUGGCGCAAGGCGAAGCACUUCAGGUGCUCACGGCUGCCUCAGUGCUGCGCAUUCAGACCGUCAUUGACGAGUGCACACAGAUCAUCGCCCGCACCCGCGCCCCUGCCCCAGGCACCCCUGCGCCCCCGCCCCUGCCCACGCCUGUGCCCCCGCCACUCGCACCUGCACAGCUUCGCCACCGCCUGCGUCACUUGCUGGCCGCGCGCCCCCUGGGCCAUCCAGGUGCGGCGCACAGCCGCAAGCAGCGUCAGCCCGCGCGCCUGCAGCUACCUGCGCCCUCUGCUCCGGCCAAAGCAGAGGGAUCGGCCACUGACCCCGCCCUGCCUGCGGGCCCAGAUGAGGGUGGGGAGGAUGAGGACGAGGAGACAGAUGACGACACUGAUGGCGAAGACGGCGAGGGCGGAGGCCCAGGCGAGGGCCAGGCGCCCCCUUCCUUCCCCGAAUGCCCCGCGGGCUUCCUUACCUCUGCCGCUGACAACGCACGUGAGGAACCAACUGCAUCCGCCGUCCUCUCCGAGUACGGCACUGGGAGGGACUUCUUUCGGGGGCCUUCAGCGGCUGAGGACGUGUUCCCCGACAGUUACGUCUCUGCAUGGCAAGGGGAAGAGGGCACGGCAGUAGAAAGCUGUCCCACCGAGGCCUCAGCCCCACCUGACUGUGUUGUAUCAGGGCCUCGCCCGCCUGCCGUGAAAACCCCAGGGCCGCCCGUAGCCCUUUUCCCCUUUCAUCUGGGUUCUCCAGGGCCACCGGUGCAGCACCCUCUCCAACCCUCCGGGCCAGCCCCCGCACCCCCCGCCACCUUCUACCCUGUGCUCCAGCCAGAGGCCGCCCCCAGUACCACUCUGGGGGAGCCUCCGGCCCCGUCCACUGCUCGCGCCUCUGCCCCUUUGGUCCCCUCUACGCAAACUGCGGGUUCCCAGCCACCCACCUAUGAAUGCAGUCACUGCCGCAAGACGUUCAGCUCACGGAAAAACUACACCAAGCACAUGUUCAUCCAUUCCGGGGAGAAGCCCCACCAGUGUGCCGUGUGCUGGCGAUCUUUCUCGCUGCGUGACUACCUGCUCAAGCACAUGGUCACUCAUACGGGCGUGCGCGCCUUCCAGUGUGCUGUCUGUGCCAAGCGCUUCACGCAGAAGAGCUCGCUCAACGUGCACAUGCGCACACACCGGCCAGAGCGUGUGCCCUGCCCCGCCUGCGGCAAGGUCUUCUCGCACCGUGCGCUGCUGGAGCGCCACCUGGCUGCACACCCUGCGCCCUGAUCCGGGGCACGAGGCCUGGCCAUGCCCCUCAUGGGUUUGACCAAGUCCCUGAAGGAGGUCACACCCUUCACAGGGUCUUGAGAGCUAGUGGGCUAUGCCACACCCACUAUCGGACCCCUUAACAUGCCUUCCAGCUAGGUAUAUCCACCAAGGCACCUUGGCCAUGGUCCAGCCAUUCUACCACGCUGUCCCCUGAGCACAGACCCUCCUCCAUUGUCCACGGGCCCAACUCAGACCCCUCCUAGGUAGUGUCAGGUUGGGGCUGAUCUGGGAUCCCACCACCUCUGAACUGGAUUAUCAGGCUUGGGGGUGGGCCCAGGAUUCCUGACUCCAACUUUGAUUCCUGCCCCACUGCCUUCCCUGAGUAGGGUGCCAUCUAGGGCUGCUUCUCUACCCCAGUGUCAGGCUGGGUGAGAUCCCUGGCAUCUUCCCCUAGCCACUCCUCAUCUGGCACCUAAAGGAGCUCCAAUGGACUCAUCAUGGACUGUGUAUUAAAGACUGGCUCUCGGACCCAGACCCAGAAGCUGUGAGCUCCUGAACUGUGUAUUCCUCACUCCCACAGACUGGCUGUGGGCAUUGUGGCUCAGUGCCCCCCUCCCUGGGGCAAAGACAAGUCCGUCUGGUCAUCUGGCACCUCUGUGCUGGAGUGGGGUGCACAUAUGACUGCCACCUGACUCAGAGAGUUCUUGGGCUUGUGCAGAGGGUACAGGUCAGCUCCAUAUGAAGUGUGUCUUCAGAGAGAAGCCACAGGUGCCCUGCCCCGGGGGAUUGCUCUACCCCAAUCCCUGUUGCUGCUGUCCAACAGGCAAGUUUUGAAGCCUGUCCCCCAGAUCUUCCAAGACCUUUGGACUUCAGAGCUUCUCUCCCUGCUCUGAUGGGCAUAAUGGUUGAGCAUGUUAGUUCUGCGGGGCCCAGAGAGUCUUUGAAAGCAAGGCUGCCAUGAGAGGAUCUGAGCCCUAGCGUAACUGCCCUGGCAGGCAAGGUUUGGAGUGCCAGGUGGGCUGGUGUCAGAGUGGCAGCCGGGGACCCUUGGGUUUCUUGCUGGGCUGCUGAAGACAGUAGUGGCAAAGCUCCUGCCACCAAACCCUGCAAUCAGUUUGGUUGCCAGUCCAGAGGGAGGCUGGCUACUCCUUUCUUACCUCUAGCACAGGGGUGGCCCCUGGCCUGGGCAUCCUGCCCUAAGGCUUUGGGGCAGGUUGAGGGGGUGGUAUGGCUUGGAGGGUGGUGCCCCAGAUCCUGGGCUACUGACAAUGCCUGUCUGAACUCCCCCUGUGACUGCCUUCCAGAGGUGAGGGGCCUCACCAUGCAUAUGGUCCCCACUGAUGGUAAGAUACAUCUGUUCAACAGAGCACAGAACAUGAGUGGGAGUCAGAGCUGGUUUUGAAUUUGGACACUGCACAAGUUACUUUUAGUACUUACUGAGCACUUACUAUACACUUGGCUAGAGCUUCAGUCCAGCCAAGCCUAAUCUCCCUGCAGAUUAAGUGGGUGUCGCUGAACCAAAGGCUCCCCAGUUGGAUUCCCAGUCAGGGCACAUGCCCAGGUUGUGGGCCAGGACCCCAGUAGGGGGCGCACAAGAGACAACCACAUAUUGAUGUUUCCCCUCUCUCUAAAAAUAAAGUAAAUCUUUUUAAAAAAUAAGUGGGUGUCAUUGGAGAACCUCUAGGUGUGGCAUGAGGAGCAGCAGACUGUGCUUGCAGCCCACUGCCCUUGCUGUCCUGUUGACUCUGCCCCUGGCCCAUUUCCCAAGUGCCUGGUCCACAGUGGGUGCCCACAGGUGCAGAGAGGUAACACAGGACUAGACAAAGCUAAACAAAUAGGUGGGGGUAGAAGGGCUAGGGGCAGGGAGUUGGGGGCUGGGUGAAAAUGUGAAGGGGUUAAGAAUUGUCAGUUACAGAAUAGGGGGAUGUAAAGUACAGCAUAGGGAAUAUAGUCAAUAUUGCAAUAUCUGUAUGGUCCCAGGUGAGUACUAGGUGUGGGGGGGAUCACCUCCUAAGGUACAUAAAGUUAUCCAACCACUAUGCUGUACACUUGGAACUAACCUAAUAUUGAAUGUCAACUGUAAUUGAGGAAUAAAAAGAAGAACCCUGGCUGGGUGACUUGGUUGGUUGGAGCAGUGUCCCAUACAACCAAAAGCUUGUGGGUUCAAUCUCUGGUUGGCUCGGGUAUGAGAGGCAACUGAUGGAUGUUUCUCUCUCUCAACCUCCCCCUGCCCACUGACUCAAGGUCUGUAAAUAUAUCCUUGGGCAAGGAUU